CUGAUUAGCAAUCUCUCUUUCUCUCUCUUAUUUAUAUUAUCUAAUUAGCUUGGGCUUGAUCUGACAACGAUUAUUGAAAUGGCAGAAUCUGCUUUUGAAGAUCUUGAUACCAUUGUUGAUAAUGAAGAAAGAGAAGAACUUGUCAAACGAGUACUUGAAUUACAAGGACAGUUAAAAGGAAUGAUAAAUAAAGUGGACACAGCAAGGAAUGAACAUCAAUCAUUGUUAAAAGAAAACCAAUUACUUCAAAAGUAUAUCAAUAAUUCCCUUACAUCAACUGCUGUAUUUGGUGCAACAAAUGGAGCAGUGAAUUCAAAUAAUAUAUCCUUGCGUCAAACAGAUGCUUCUUCUCCUCAUUAAGCACCCCCUUUUUUUUCAAUUUAUUAAGGAGCAAAAAUAUUGGCGCGAAAAUUGCACAAUCAAUAUCAAAUAUAUAUGUAAUAUUAAUCAAGGUGGGAAAAGAAAUAAAAUAGGAGAAGUGUAUAUAUAUGGUAAUCAUAAAGAUGCUCAUUUACCAUUCAAGCUCAUUCUAUUGU